AUGUCGGGCCCAGAGAAGGCUCCCCAGACGACGGUUGAGGCGGUCAUGGCCGAUUCCGUGCAGCCGCAAGAUACGCCAACCCAACCAAACGUCUCUGAGAAAAGUGGCGAUUUGUUGGAAACUGCGAUGGAGACUUCCACAGAGGAAGACAUGCCCCCGAAGGGCAAGACUCUGGGGUUCCAGAUGUCCGUUCUCGCUCUGGUCAUUAUGGCAUUCAUUGUAUCCCUUGACGGCACCAUCCUUGCCGUCGCCAUUCCCACCAUAGUGCAUACCCUACAUGGAACCACCCUUGAGGCUUUUUGGGCGAGCAUCUCGUUUGUGCUCGCUGUGGUCAUCACCCAGCCCCUGUACACCAAUGUAUCCAAUGUGCUCGGGCGGAUGAUACCGCUUCACAUUUCCUUCGUCUUGUUCAUGGCAGGCUCCAUCAUAUUUGCACUUUCCCAGUCCAUGGCCGUGUUGAUUGCUGGACGUGUGGUUCAGGGUCUUGGGGCUGGAGGCCUGGAUGUCUUCAACGAGAUCAUUCUCGCAGACAUCACCACCCUAAAGGAGAGGCCCAAGUAUCUUGGUCUGAUGGCAAUACCAGUUGCUGCAGGAUCCAUCAUCGGCCCCAUCAUCGGUGGACUACUCGCCGACAAUGGGUCGUGGCGUUGGAUCGGAUGGAUCAACCUACCAGUGUCUGCGCUCAACAUCCUGCUGGUCGUCAUUUUCCUCAAACUGCAGCCGCUCCAAGACUCCCUGAGUAAGAAAUUCUGGCAGUUGGACCUCAUCGGCUUAGGCUUAUUCACCGUCGGUUGCACAUUGACGGCCACGCCGAUUGCGUGGGCCGGCGCCAUGUACCCGUGGUCAUCGUGGCGAACCUUGGUACCUUUACUCCUCGGCGUCGUGGUACUCGUCGUCUUUUGGUGGUACGAGUCUAAGCCCGAGGAGCCUGUGUUCCCUCGCAGUGUAUUCGCCACGCUGACUGCAUGUGCCACCCUGAUCACUACCUUCAUUCACGGGAUACUGGUCUACAGCACGAUUUUCUAUGCGCCCCUUUUUUUCCAAUCCGUCUUCCUCCAAUCCGCCAUUAAAUCCGCCAUCACUAUGCUGCCACUUGCCUGUACUUCUGUCGUGUUUGGUGUUCUAGGUGCCGUCGUCGUCGAGGUCACACGCAAGUAUCGGUAUAUCAUCUUGGCCAGCUGGAUUUUCAGUGCCGUAGGCUGUGGAAUUAUUACCCUCUGGGAUGAGAACGCAUCUCUAGGAUGGCAAGUCGGCUUCCAGAUCAUUCUGGGAAUCGGAACCGGGAGCUUAUUCUCGAUCCUCAAUCUUCCUCUCCAGGCCAGCUUAUCCAACCCAGACGAUAUGGGUGUGGCCGCAGGCGUCCUGGUGGCUUUCAGACUCUUCGGUGCCCUGCUAGGUCUCUCCAUCUGUUCCACCGUUUUCAACAGUGUAUUUGCAGUUCGGAUGGGAAAGUUGGGCCCAUUACCAGAUGAUCUGCAAAUCUUGCAUGAUGCGCGAGAAGCCGUGGGGUUCAUUCCGCUGCUGAAAGACGUAACCGUGGACCCUGAGAUAUUGAAGGAGGUGACUCAUGCAUAUAUGUUUUCCCUGUAUGCCGUGUUCUGGAUGCUCGCCGGCGUAUCUGUCGUUGGCUUCAUUUUAUCGUUCUUGAUCAAAGAGAAGUCAAUUGAGAUUGCGGAACUCGGCAGGCAGCAGUACGAUGGGAAGGAAACUAAUGCGGCAUCACAUGAGAGCAAGUAG